CGCGGAGCGGCGCGGGAGGCAGACUUUCACACCACCCCCCACCCCCAUUUCUGAAGACUUAAGGCAGAGGAGCUGGAGGAGGUUAAAAAGUGAAGGUUUGGGGAUUAGCUGUAGGCACGACCAUCCCAUCUGCAAGGAUACAAGAAAGGUGCUGCUGUUACCUGAUUUCUGCAGCGACUUGAGGGGUGCUGGUGCACAGGACUUCAGGACUUGGUGCUCUGGUACGGGUUUCCCACCAGCGAACUGAGGAGAUUAAGCAUUUCGAUCUGUACUUUGAAAGCAGCUGACAGCGUGCGGUAAUGUGCUGACUGGCACUAUGGGCAGGCGGUACCCGGGGGCUCACUAUCGGCCAAGCAGCUCAUAUUUCAAAUUAUAAUCUAUUUCCUGAUGCAUUGCUGACGCCCUGUGAGCCAUGUCAGAAGUACUUCCAGUUGAUUCCGGCGUGGACGCGUUGGCAGUGUUUAUGGCAAGUGGCAGCACAACGGACGUUGUGAACCGCAACAGCCCUGCCACCCCACCGAACACCCUUAACCUGCGCUCUUCGCAUAACGAACUUCUGAAUGCGGAAAUUAGGCACACAGAGACCAAGAACAGCACUCCUCCAAAAUGCAGGAAAAAAUACGCACUGACUAACAUUCAGACAGCCAUGGGUCUUUCCGAUCCAGCAGCGCAGCCCCUUCUGGGGAACGGCUCUGCCAAUAUAAAGCUGGUGAAGAAUGGAGAAAACCAGCUCAGGAAAGCCGCUGAGCAGGUACAGCAGGAUCCCAACAAAAACCUCAGUACCACUGCGGGCAUAAACGUGACUUCUGAGAAGUUUGAAGGCAAAGAGCCAAUCCCGCAGGAUUCCUCUGGCUGUGAAAUAUUACCCUCACAGCCAAGGAGGACCAAGAGCUUCCUGAAUUACUAUGCAGAUCUCGAGACAUCUACUAGAGAGCUAGAGCAGAGUUUUGUUGCAAUGGAAGAUAAAUCUGCGCAAAGCAACAGCCAGGCUUCUACCGUUAUUGUCAAUGGGGAAGUCCUGCCCCGGAAACAAAACAAGCUGUCAAGCCCAGAGGAUGGCCAAGUUGCCACCGUGUCGUCAAGCCCUGAGACUAAGAAAGACCACCCAAAAACUGGGGCCAAAACAGAUUGUGCCCUCCACAGGAUUCAAAACCUGGCCCCAAGCGAUGAGGACUCCAGCUGGACGACGCUGUCCCAGGACAGUGCCUCCCUGAGCUCGCCCGACGAAACAGCAGAUAUAUGGAGUGAUCAUUCAUUUCAGACAGACCCAGACUUACCACCUGGCUGGAAAAAAAUCAAUGACAUUGCUGGGAUCUACUACUGGCACAUACCAACAGGAACAACUCAAUGGCAGCGUCCUGUGUCCAUCCCAACAGAUCUCCAGGGCUCACGAAAAGGAUCACUUGGUUCCAUUACUCCAUCUCCUACUCCAGAAACUGAGAAACAGCCAUGGAGUGAUUUUGCUGUACUGAAUGGGGGAAAGAUUAAUAGUGACAUUUGGAAGGAUCUGCAUGCAGCCACUGUGAACCCGGACCCAAGUCUGAAAGAGUUUGAAGGAGCAACGCUACGCUAUGCCUCCUUGAAGCUCAGAAAUGGUCCACAGUCUGAUGAUGAUGAUUCUUGUAGCAUCAACAGUGAUCCAGAAGCCAAGUGCUUUGCUGUGCGAUCUCUGGGCUGGGUAGAAAUGGCAGAAGAAGAUCUUGCUCCUGGAAAAAGCAGUGUUGCUGUGAACAAUUGCAUCAGGCAACUUUCUUACUGUAAAAACGAUAUUAGAGACACUGUCGGCAUCUGGGGAGAGGGCAAAGAUAUGUACCUUAUACUGGAAAAUGACAUGCUGAACCUGAUUGACCCCAUGGACCGCACAGUUCUUCAUUCGCAGCCUAUUGUGAGCAUCAGAGUCUGGGGUGUGGGUCGUGACAACGGCCGAGAGAGAGACUUCGCUUAUGUGGCAAGAGACAAAGACACGAGAAUUCUGAAAUGUCAUGUGUUUCGAUGUGACACGCCCGCAAAAGCCAUCGCUACAAGUUUACAUGAAAUCUGCUCAAAGAUUAUGGCCGAACGGAAGAAUGCUAAAGCCAUGGCUUGCAGCUCAUUGCAAGAGAGGACGAACGUCACCCUUGAUGUUCCUCUGCAAGUAGAUUUCCCAACACCAAAGACAGAACUGGUGCAGAAGUUCCACGUCCAGUACCUGGGCAUGCUACCUGUAGCUAAACCUGUGGGGAUGGAUACUCUGAACAGUGCCAUUGAAAGUCUAAUGGCUUCCUCUAGCAAAGAAGACUGGAUGCCAGUUACCAUGAACGUUGCUGAUGCUACUGUCACGGUCAUUAGUGAACGAAAUGAAGAGGAAGUCCUGGUGGAGUGUCGUGUGCGGUUCCUGUCCUUCAUGGGAGUAGGCAAGGACGUUCACACAUUCGCCUUCAUUAUGGAUACAGGAAACCAGCAUUUUGAGUGCCACAUUUUUUGGUGUGAACCAAAUGCAGGCAAUGUAUCGGAAGCUGUUCAGGCUGCUUGUAUGUUACGGUAUCAGAAGUGCUUGGUAGCCAGACCUCCUUCACAGAAAGUCCGACCACCCCCACCUCCUGCAGACUCGGUGACUAGAAGAGUUACAACUAACGUAAAAAGAGGAGUGUUGUCCCUCAUUGACACUUUGAAACAGAAACGCCCAGUCACUGAGAUGCCAUAGCUGCAUAAGAGAGAAGAUUCUCCUGACAUGUAACUGAAGAUAACAGUAGCUACACUAACAAAAAUGAACUGACGAUGCCUGGCCUUCCAUUUCCAAUUGCUGAUGCUUUGUCUUCAGAGAAUUUACCCUUACCGAAACAAUGUUAGACAAGCAUGUUCUCUCGUUCUUGCCACCAUCGUGUGAUAUGAAAAGAAGCAUGAAUAAUUUUUUUCCUGUCAGUGAGUUACACCAUGAGCAAUGGAAGGUCUGUUUGAUUGUAAAUACGUGAACAUUACCUAAACUCACACAAAAAAAAAAAAAAGAAUAUGGCCACGUCCCUCCCAGUGAACUCGUGCUAAAGUCCUUGGAGUGAAUGAUGCCCGAGCUGAUAGUUUCACCGUCUUGAGCUGGAUUUGUCACAAACCAAUCUUAAAUCUUACAGCACUUUGCUCUGUUUUCAACACUGGAGUAGGUACCAGGUAUUAGCUACCAUUGAAUUACUGUAGAUUAAAUACCAAGUUUUAUUUUUUACAGAACUACACCUGUUAGUUUUAAAUUGUUCGUCAGCAUUGGUCUAGCAACCACUUUAACAUCUCCCUGACAUGCUUUUGAAUCAUGGUGUCAUUAUUUCAUCUCCUGAUCAUACGUUAUGGUCUUAGAGAAGAAUCGUGUUUAAUACCAAACCAAUGCUGAAAAAUCCAGAAGUGUUUUCAGUAAUCGAGUUGCAGGGUGAUCCACUGAGGCUUUUCAGCUUUAAACAUACAAAUGCAACUGUUGGCCGUUAAAUUUAUUCUCCUAAAUCUGUCAUUAUUUCAUCAGAAAUACCAUUUGUUGCACACAGGGCUCAAACCAGUCAGGAGUAAGAAAAAAACAGUCAGUAAUUUUAUUGUCUUACAACUCUUAUAGAGACUAAAAUAUUCCAUACCUUUUCCAUACAAUUGUUGUAUGAAAUGUUCCAUUCAGUGUCUGGUUGCACAGUUCCCCCUUCCCCUCAAGAGUUUGUUGCUGAAUACUUAACAUGCCACAAAAAGAACAGUCAUGUUUCUUGUUAUUUAUAAAAUUCCAUGGAAUUUUCUGUUAAUGCUCUUGUGACAAACUGAGAAGAGAGUUGCUUUCUAACAGGACAGUGCUUCAGGUGGUAAAAUUCAAUUUCAAUGCUUUUGCUCCAAAAGCUUCAUCUAAUUGCUUUGAUUUAUACACUACUGCAGACCCUGACAAAGUCAGCCCAGUAUUGCCCCUUAAAAAUUGUACCUCAGGCUGAUUUUCAAAUGCAGUUAUGCAUCUUGAGUCUUUCCCUUUGCCAUCUUCUGUCUAGGCGCGCAGAUUGGUACAAAUUUUGGAAAUGUAACAGUAAAAAUAUUUUUAACUAGUGUUAAAAAUGUUUUGCCUCCAUUUAUAGGUGUGUUCUAAACUGUAUCAGUCUCCCAAGUCUGCAAAUCUGGUCAUAUUGUAAUUUUAAAAGAACAUUGGUAAGAUUGUUAUUACAAGAACUCUUUUUUUAUUUUACUAUGCAAGAGACUGUUACAAAAAAAAAAAUAUUUUCUUUUUCUUUCCUUGUUUCAAGAAAUUAAUGGCAAGGCCUGGGCAAAGCAACUUAGGAACACAAGGGGAAAAAGAAUGAUGAUUCGAGUAAUUUCUGCAUUGAAAACUGCAGAAAAAUCAUUGAAGUCAGCGUGAUGUAUGAGCAGGUGUCAGGAGAAGGCUAGCUAUGCAACUACUGUCGUUAGGUUUAGCUCUCUAGCCUGCCCUCUGACGAGCUGAUCCUCCACCCGGCCCCAAUCCCUCCACGACGGCCACUCGGCACCCGAAGGGAUUGCUCCCCCCCCCGCCCCUCGCCUUCCCGGCACCUCCCCUGCCCCAGCCCCGUGCCGGUACCACCGGGGGGGACCCUGCGUACGCGGGGCAGGCGGGGAGCCCGCGGGAGGUGGGGGGACACGGCCAAACCGCCGCCUCGUAGCGGUGCCGGGGGGUUAACCUGACCCUGCACCCAGAUCGCAGGUGGCGGCUGGCAUCUAGCCCUGAUGUCGGUGGCACCUGCCAGGAGCCGUGUGAAAACUCCCUUCCUCUCGUGGCUGCUACCAAAACGUGGUGGCUGACAACAAGGUGCCCUCAGGUAGGAUUGUGAAGCUAAAAGUUGCCGCCUUUGUCAUCGUCUAGUGGUUAAAACUGUAUUUUAUUUUAAAUUACGGAAAAUACUUUGGCAGUGUCUUUAAUUAAAGUCCCAGCUGGAAAUGCCAGGAUUUGGGAUUUCCAACUGUUCUACAACUUUUAAGCAGCAACAUUCAAUGUUGUAGUUGCAUCUGCACAGUGCUGAUUCUCUCCGAGAGAGAUCCGGACUCUCUUUAAACUAAACCAACACUUAGCAGUGGAAAGGUUCUUCCACACUGGUGGUGUCGAAGCUGUGAAGAUCCUGGUGGCUUUCACUAGCGGCGUGUGAGAUCGCAGGAAGGGCUGAGGAGAAGGCAGGAAGGUGUUUGAAAAGCCGUAGGUCACUUGCCCCUCUAUGUUUUAAGAGUUUUGUGUCCGUUGACAAAACGCUGUGGAGUUUGCAAAUAUUUAAAUAGCGUGCUUAAUGGUCUGACUAGAUGUGGCCUUUUUGCUUUAGCAGAGCUCCUUAUUCUCCAAAAGAUUAACUAUACACCCAGGCGCUUGCAGAAUCAGAGCCUUAUACUGCAAAGCCCGUGAUCUUUUGUUAAACAAUACGUUAAGACGCUCUUUUUACCACGGCCAAAAAAGUCUGUAUGGGAUGUGUGCGUUUGAGCAACUGCCACUGUUGUAGUUGAUGUUCUAGCGACCCUUCAGUCACCUAUGCAUUUUUUUAUAAUACAUAGUGAUUCCGUAGGCAGGCAGCCAUGUUCACUAUGCCUUGUAGGUCUGAUGCCAUAUUUUAAAUUAACCUGUUAAAUACAGCUUAAAAUAUUUUUAUUUUAUUUAUUCUAUUUUUACUGAAAUAUCCUGCAUUAUUAUGUUGAUGUAUUGUCUUUACUGGAUGUGCUCUUGUAACAUUCUCCACUCUGUAUACUAUAGGUUGCCUAAAAGAAGGCAGGCUUUGUAAUUAUUUGUAGUCACGUUUUUACUGAAGUCUGUAGAAAAAUCAUGUAAAAGCAAAGCUAAUUUCUUAAUUUUUUUCAAUGCAAGUAGUAACUUAGAGGUAAGUAUCACAUGUCAGUCAUGUCAGUAAUACGCUCCCUUGCAGAAGCAAGGCGAUUUAUAUUCACCGUCAACGACUAAGAGAUAAAAGCCUUUCUUUUGAAAUCUGCAGUGCUGGCUGUAGGUUUAUUUAAGCCACUUACAAUUUCAUUUGAAGGGGAGGAAGGGAGUGUGGGAGAUACAAGGCUACAGGGUAGUUAAACAGGAGUAAGAAAAAUUGCCUGGAAGGGCACAGAAUCCAUUCACAGCAAAAUGAGUUCGUAGUCACAUACUUUGUGUGCAGAGUCACCUGUACCCACUGAACCAACAUGCCCUUUCGUGACAGAGGAACAAAAACUGUGGAGCAUCUAUUAGCUUACACCAGGUCUGUGUCACUAAGAGUUCUACAUCCCUUUCUUUUCAUUUUAUCAAGCAUUUCAUAGACCAUUUAAGUAGGGACCUAAGAUUGUUAGUAGAUCACCCGUGGGAAAAAAGACCUUUAUUAUUUCAACAGCUACUGUGGGCUCAGCCUUUCAGCAUUACCAUUAAGCCCAUUGCUCCUCUCUUGGGCAGGUUAAUUAAUACAUUGCUAAAACUUGUGCUGUACAGUCAGCGAAAGCAGGUAGGAAAGAAGGAAACACCCCCCCUGUUUAUUAGCAGAGUUCAAGUCUUACAUAAAGCACCUGAUUGACACCGAAAAGGACAAUUUUCCCUGCUGUUGACCACUUCUCCACAUUUAAAUGUAAUCUGUUCUGAGAAUAAAUUUAGCUGCAUAAAA